GUAGGACUAUUUCAAAAGUUUUUUUUUGCAUCACUUUAUAGUUUGAAAAAAAAACUAUGAAAAAAGUAUUGUUUCCUUGCCAAAUUUGCGGUCAAAAUUCCCACGGAACACAUUUUGGAAUUGUUAGUUGUAGAGCAUGUGCAGCAUUUUUCAGAAGAUCCGUCAAUUCAAAAUGGGCCCGUAAAGGUUGCUUGACAAAUUUCAAAGAUAAGGGAAGUUGUUUCUGCAAACCGUGUCGACUCAGAAAAUGUGUAGAAAUUGGCAUGGAUGCUUCAAAGUUUCAAUAUGAUCGUGAUGCGAUUUCCGCUAUAAAACAUCCAAAAAUAUUUCCAAGCGUUUCAUAUUACGUGGGACGACCGGAAUUUUUGAUGUUCUCCGAUUCGAAUGUUACCUCGCAGAAGACAUUUAUUGAUGUUCAAAAUCUAGUUUUUGAAGUUUCACGUUAUUUGGAUCAUGGUUGUGAAACGCCGAUUUACGCGGAAAAUCAGCUAAAAAAGUUGACUCUCGGCUUUAAGCUAAUGCAAUUUGACUAUCAAAAUGUAAAGUUUUUCGAUAAAAUCGGGAAAGCUGAAUUCAUCGAUAUAAUCGAAUACUAUUUCUUAACAGUUGCAAAAUGGAUAGCACAUUUUGACGAAUUUCGAAAACUUGAUCAAUCCCUUCAGAUAAAGCUUUUACAAGCAAUUUGGCAUGUUUGGAGCAAAAUUCACAAAUGUGCAAGUACAGCAUUUUAUCGAAAAUCAAAUCCAAAUGCAAAACCGACGCAGAAAAUUUUACGAAAUGUGUGUAUGGAUCGGAUGCACGUGCACAAAUUGGAUACGUCAUGGAUGAGUGAUUAUCCUACGGAGCACGUGACAAGAUUCAUGCUUACUCAUCACGUGUACGACUUCAAAAUUGUAGAAAGCCUACUUAAGUUGGACCCAACAGACGUAGAAUUAACUUUUAUGUUUGCCCAGCUGUGCUUUGAAUAUGCUGGAAAACGAUUUCAAGGAGAAAUUCUGAAAAUCACUGAUCAUUUUCAACAAGUCCUAUCAAAUGAUCUACACCACUAUUAUAUCACCGAUCAGAGAAGGGAACGUUAUUUCCAGCGCCUGACAGAUCUAAUGAAAGUUAACAAUUUGAUACAGAGAUCCAUCUGGGAAACACGACCUCAUCGAGAACUUGGUCGAGUUUUUGAAAUUUCAAAACUAGAGUUUUCACAUCCUGAAAUGUUCGAUGAUUCUGGAUUUUGUUAGCUUCCACUUAAUUCAGUUUGGAAUUCAAAUUGUACAUUUCUAAAUAAAUGUGUGUACUUAAAUG